AUGCUCCGGGGGUGCAACGGGGCCGGGGGGCCCGAGCCGAACUUGCAGCAAACCAGGGGGCCAACACCGGGGGCGGAUGAGGGGACCAGGGGGUGGGAGGUGGGGGGAGUGGGCGCCGAGUCGCGCGUGCCACCGCCCGCUGCCCCUGCGUGGGCGGUGGGCGCCGCGACCCCGGGAGCACGCGCGAGGGGCGCGAGGGGCCGUCCGCCGGGCUGGGGCGCAGCGGGCGUUGCAGGGGUUGGUGGCCGGGGUCCCCGCGGCCUGGGGGACAAAGGGGGAGCGGCGCGUGCAGCCGGGAGGAGGGGGCGGGGCCGGGGCGCGGAGGCCCCGCCCCCUCCCCCUCCUCUGCUCCCGGCCCCAGAGAUGCGGGGUCUGCCGAGAGGGAGGGGGCUGAUGCGGGCCCGGGGGCGGGGGCGUGCGGCCCCCACGGGCGGCCGCGGCCGCGGCAGGGGGGGCGCCCACCGAGGACGAGGUAGGCCCCGGAGCCUGCUCUCGCUGCCCAGGGCCCAGGCGUCCUGGGCCCCCCAGCUGCCUGCGGGGCUGACGGGCCCUCCGGUCCCUUGUCUCCCCUCCCAGGGGGAGGCCCCCGCGGAGAUGGGGGCGCUGCUGCUGGAGAAGGAGCCCAGAGGAGCCCCCGAGAGAGUUCAUGGUUCUUUGGGGGACACCUCUCCUAGUGAGGAGACCCUUCCCAAGGCCGACCCCGACUCCAUGGAGCCUGCUGGUCCCUCCUCUCCGGCCUCUGUCACUGUCACCGUCGGCGAUGAGGGGGCUGACACCCCUGUAGGGGCCACACCACUCAUUGGGGAUGAACCCGAGAACCUGGAGGGAGAUGGGGGCCGAAUCCUGCUGGGCCAUGCCACAAAGUCAUUCCCCUCUUCCCCCAGCAAGGGGGGCGCCUGUCCCAGUCGGGCCAAAAUGUCAAUGACUGGGGCAGGGAAGUCGCCCCCCUCGGUCCAGAGUUUGGCCAUGAGGCUGCUGAGCAUGCCCGGGGCCCAGGGAGCUGCCGCUGCCGGGCCUGAACCCCCUCCGGCUGCGACUACCGGCCAGGAGGGGCAGCCCAAAGUACACCGAGCCCGGAAAACCAUGUCCAAACCAGGCAACGGUCAGCCUCCAGUCCCCGAGAAGCGGCCCCCUGAAGUGCAGCAUUUCCGCAUGAGUGAUGACAUGCACUCCCUGGGGAAGGUGACCUCAGAUGUGGCCAAAAGGAGGAAGCUGAACUCUGGCAGCCUGUCGGAGGACUUUGGCUCUGCCCGGGCCUCAGGAGAUGUGACCCUGGAAAAAGGAGAGCCCAGGCCCCUGGAAGAGUGGGAGACGGUGGUGGGCGAUGAUUUCAGCCUCUACUAUGACUCUUACUCUGUGGAUGAGCGAGUGGAUUCUGACAGCAAGUCUGAAGUUGAAGCUUUAACUGAACAACUGAGUGAAGAGGAGGAGGAGGAAGAAGAGGAGGAGGAGGAAGAAGAGGAGGAGGAAGAGGAGGAGGAGGAAGAGGAGGAGGAUGAGGAGUCAGGCAACCAAUCUGACAGGAGUGGCUCCAGCGGCCGGCGCAAGACCAAGAAGAAGUGGCGGAAAGACAGCCCGUGGGUGAAGCCAUCUAGGAAGAGGCGGAAGCGGGAGCCUCCGAGGGCCAAGGAGCCGAGAGGAGUGAAUGGUGUGGGCUCCUCAGGGCCCAGUGAGUACAUGGAGGUCCCUCUGGGGUCCCUGGAGCUGCCCAGCGAGGGGACCCUCUCCCCCAACCACGCUGGGGUGUCCAAUGACACGUCUUCACUGGAGACGGAGCGCGGGUUUGAGGAGCUGCCCCUCUGCAGCUGCCGCAUGGAGGCACCCAAGAUAGACCGCAUUAGUGAGAGAGCGGGACACAAGUGCAUGGCCACGGAAAGUGUGGAUGGAGAGUUGUCGGGUUGCAAUGCCGCCAUCCUCAAGCGGGAGACCAUGCGGCCUUCUAGUCGAGUGGCGCUGAUGGUACUCUGUGAGGCCCACCGUGCCCGCAUGGUCAAGCACCAUUGCUGCCCAGGCUGCGGCUACUUCUGCACAGCGGGUACCUUCCUGGAAUGCCACCCUGACUUCCGAGUCGCCCACCGCUUCCAUAAGGCCUGUGUGUCCCAGCUCAAUGGGAUGGUCUUCUGUCCCCACUGUGGAGAGGAUGCUUCGGAGGCCCAGGAGGUGACCAUUCCCCGGGGCGAUGGGGGAACCCCUCCGGCUGGCGCGGCAGCUCCUGCCCCGAUACCCCUGGCACAAGAUGCCCCAGGGCGAGCAGAUACCUCCCAGCCCAGUGCGCGAAUGCGAGGGCAUGGAGAGCCCCGGCGCCCGCCCUGUGAUCCCCUGACAGACACCAUCGACAGCUCAGGGCCUUCACUAACCCUGCCUAACGGGGGCAGCCUCUCAGCUGUGGGUCUGCCCCCAGGGCCGGGCCGUGAAGCCCUGGAGAAGGCCUUGGUCAUUCAGGAGUCAGAGAGCCCACCUUCUCGCCCUGCAUCCCCCGACAGGCGGAAGAAGCUCCGAUUCCACCCACGGCAGCUGUACCUGUCAGUGAAGCAGGGGGAGCUACAGAAGGUGAUCCUUAUGCUGCUAGACAACCUGGACCCCAACUUCCAGAGUGACCAGCAGAGCAAGCGCACACCCCUGCACGCAGCCGCGCAGAAGGGGUCCGUGGAGAUCUGUCAUGUGCUGCUGCAGGCAGGAGCCAACAUCAAUGCCGUGGAUAAGCAACAACGCACGCCGCUGAUGGAGGCCGUGGUGAACAACCACCUCGAGGUGGCGCGGUACAUGGUGCAGCUGGGUGGCUGUGUCUACAGCAAGGAAGAAGAUGGCUCCACCUGUCUCCAUCAUGCAGCCAAAAUUGGGAACUUGGAGAUGGUUAGCCUGCUGCUGAGCACAGGGCAAGUGGACGUCAAUGCGCAGGACAGUGGGGGCUGGACGCCCAUCAUCUGGGCAGCCGAGCACAAGCACAUUGACGUGAUCCGGAUGCUGCUGACCCGGGGUGCCGACGUCACCCUCACUGACAACGAGGAAAACAUCUGCCUGCACUGGGCCUCCUUCACGGGCAGCGCUGCCAUUGCCGAGGUCCUCCUGAACGCCCGGUGCGACCUCCAUGCCGUCAACUACCACGGGGACACACCACUACACAUCGCUGCCAGGGAGAGCUACCAUGACUGUGUGCUGCUGUUCCUGUCUCGUGGAGCUAACCCUGAGCUUCGGAACAAGGAAGGAGACACAGCCUGGGAUCUGACCCCAGAGCGUUCCGACGUAUGGUUUGCACUGCAGCUCAACCGCAAGCUUAGGCUCGGGGUGGGGAACCGGGCUGUCCGCACCGAGAAGAUCAUCUGCCGGGAUGUAGCUAGAGGCUAUGAGAAUGUGCCCAUCCCCUGCGUCAAUGGUGUGGAUGGCGAGCCGUGCCCAGAGGAUUAUAAGUACAUCUCCGAGAACUGUGAGACAUCCACGAUGAACAUUGACCGGAACAUCACUCACCUGCAGCACUGCACAUGUGUGGACGACUGCUCCAGCUCCAACUGUCUGUGUGGCCAGCUCAGCAUCCGCUGUUGGUAUGACAAGGACGGGCGGCUGCUUCAGGAGUUUAACAAGAUCGAACCCCCCCUGAUCUUUGAGUGUAACCAGGCAUGCUCCUGCUGGAGAAGCUGCAAGAACCGCGUGGUGCAGAGCGGCAUCAAGGUGCGGCUGCAGCUCUACCGUACAGCCAAGAUGGGCUGGGGGGUCCGUGCCCUGCAGACCAUUCCCCAGGGCACGUUCAUCUGCGAGUAUGUUGGAGAGCUGAUCUCGGACGCUGAGGCCGAUGUGAGAGAGGAUGAUUCUUACCUCUUUGACUUGGACAACAAGGAUGGAGAGGUUUACUGCAUUGAUGCCCGUUACUAUGGCAACAUCAGCCGCUUCAUCAACCACCUAUGUGACCCCAACAUCAUCCCUGUCCGGGUCUUCAUGCUGCACCAAGACCUGCGGUUCCCACGCAUUGCCUUCUUCAGCUCCAGGGACAUCCGGACUGGAGAGGAGCUGGGGUUUGACUAUGGUGACCGAUUCUGGGAUAUCAAGAGCAAGUAUUUCACCUGCCAGUGUGGCUCUGAAAAGUGCAAGCACUCAGCUGAGGCCAUUGCCCUGGAGCAGAGUCGCCUGGCUCGGCUGGACCCCCACCCUGAGCUGUUGCCUGAGCUCAGUUCCUUGCCCCCCAUAAACACCUGAGGACUCUUAAAUCCAGGCUGGGGCACUGCCCUUCACACAUUCCUCCAUCAGAGACCCCAGUUAGGCCUGGAAGGUCGACAGCCCCUCUCCCAGAGCUGGUUUCUCACUGGGAGUGUGACUUCGGGGCUGGCCACACUCCACUGAGCCAGGCCUCAGUUUGCUGAAUUGAAGUUGGGCCUCUGCCAACUGAUUCUCUGUGUUCUCAAUAAAUGUUGGGUUUGGUAAUAAA